UCUCGAGGCUGAGCUUUGCAGCCGAUUGCUGCAAUAAACGCGUGUCCUGGGCCUGGACUGCAAUAAUACGUCACCCUGCACACUGUGCGCGGCCACUCCUUGAUCGGUGGCAUCGCUGCGAUUGGCAAAACCGCUCUGACGCAUCGAGGCUGCUGAAUCACUGUGCAGCACACGCGUAAGCGAUGCUCCACACGACGACCCGCCUCACGCGGCGCGCCAUCGCCGCGGCGCCGCGGCCAAACAACACGCGGCGCGCCUUCGCCGCAUCCCCCAAACCAACCAACGCGAUGCGCGGCCCGAUCGGCUGGGGCGCGCUCGCCGUCACCGGCGCCGCCGGCUGUGGACUAGCGUACUACUACGAGGUCGAGAAGACGCGGCGCCAGGAGCAGGCGGCCAAAAAGCAAACGACCUACGGUAAGCCGUCGCUCGGAGGCCCCUGGACGUUGGUCGACGCGAAAACAAAUAAACCGGUCACGGACGCGUCCUUCCACGGCUCGUAUGUGUUGCUCUACUUCGGCUUCUCGCGGUGCCCGGACAUCUGCCCGUCGGAGCUCCUGAAGGUGCAGAAGGUGCUGCGGUUGUUGGGGGACGAGGCGCCCACACCAUUAUUUGUGUCGUUGGAUCCGCGGCGCGACUCGCUGAGGCAACUACGGGCGUACGGGAAGGAUUUCGAUGAGCGCGUGCGGUUCCUGGUGGGGACGCCGGCGCAGUGCAAGGCGGCCGCGAAGGCGUACCGCGUCUACAGUAGUAUUGGGGCGGUCGACGACGAGGACUCCGACGACUAUCUCAUCGACCACUCUAUUGUUCUAUACCUCGUGGGCCCCGACGGCAAGUUCCUGGACUUCUUCACGCAGGCGACGCCGGCCGACGCGAUCGCCGCGAAGAUCCGGGAGCACCGCGCCUCGUAAGUUAGUAUGUUCUGU